AUGCGAUGCAGAUUAGCAGAUCCUACAAAUGGGACUUCCUGUGGCCACAGAAACCUGUGUAUAUCUGUAAGAAGUUGGUGGUCCUGUAUGAAUUACUACCUGUCUAUCAUACCUUUUUUGGGUGCAGUGGAAGCUGGCCUCUUUGGAGAGGUGAAGUACGAGGUAGAAAUGCUGCUGCCAGAGGACCGAAGAGAUGAUUUCUGUUACAGUGUUGCUGACUGCCGUUCUCGCAUUCCGGAGCUCAUGGAUGAGUGGAAGGCUUACUUUGAAUAUCUGCAGUCUACAGAGCAAAAAACCGUGAACUCUGCGAAGUCCUCCUUUGUGCUGGAUGAUGCUCUCCACUACAUGUGGAAGGCGCAUGUUGCCUCCAUUGCUUAUGCGCUGCCCAAAUUCCAGGACAGCUUAAAAUAUCUUGCUGUUCCAGAAGCAAAUUUUGGUGAAGACUGGGCUAAUGGUGUAGAUUUCAUUGCAGCCACACAUUUCUCUACAGAUUUGCAUACCACAAACCACUUCCAGGCUUUCCUGCCCCAGAGGAUGCUUGUUGAAGGGGAUGUCCUCCCAUCCAUCAGUGGCUUCAGUUCACAGCAGAACAAAGUUCUUGUAUCACUGAGAGCUCUUAACAGAGCAAAUCAAUUAACAGGAGGACUGUCACUGAAGCUCUGGCAAAAGUCAAUGUCUACUGAAGCAGCAAGGAAAAUUGGCCGAAAACUGAUUGAGGACUUGGUUGCCAGUCCGAGUUUUGACUGGUAAACUGGUCUUGGUAAUUUCUUUACAGCAGGAUUUCCUGAAUAGCCAUGUGGGCAUCUCUCUCAUAUUGAAUC